AUGUCGCUUAAUCCUUUAUCAGUAAUACUUAACAAAAAUCAACUUGUUGGAGAAAACUACGCUGACUGGAAAAGGAAUCUUAAUAUUGUUCUUACCGCUGAAAAACACAAAUUUGUACUGGAUGAAGUUUGUCUUGAAGCUCCUAAAGAUGACUCCACGGAAUCUCAAAAGGCUGCAUAUGAAAAGUGGCAUCAUUCUGAUAAGAUGGCCCACUGUUACAUUUUGGCAUCCGUGUUAAAUGUAUUACAACAGAAACAUCAGAAUAUGGAAACUGCUUUUGACAUAAUUGAAAGCCUUCAAGAGAUGUUUGGACAUCAAAGCCGAUAA